UCCCGUAAAAUUGACACCUCCCUACCCGAAUACUACAGAUGGACGCAAUGGAUUUUCCUCCGCCUCUAUGAAAAAGAUUUGGCAUAUCUCGCCAACGUACCCGUCAACUGGUGUCCAGCGUUAGGCACCGUCCUCUCAAACGAAGAGGUAAAAGACGGUAAAUACGUUGAAACCGAAGACCCUGUUGAACGCCGUCUCAUGCACCAAUGGAUGCUCAAAAUCACCGUUUACGCAGAACGGUUGCUGGAAGACUUAGAUUUACUGGAUUGGCCUGACGGACUCAAGGAAAUGCAACGACACUGGAUCGGUAAAUCAGAGGGGGCGGACAUUAUCUUUGAUAUUAAAGAUAGCGAUAACACGUUCACCGUUUUCACGACGCGUCCAGAUACACUCUUUGGUGCAACCUACUGUGUCCUCGCACCCGAACAUCCGCUCGUCUCUGAGAUAACGCAUCCCGAUGCCGCAUCCGCAGUGAACGCUUAUGUUACGGAAGCUGUCAACAAAUCUGAUCUCCAACGGACAGAUCUCGCCACAGAGAAAACAGGUGUUUUCACGGGGGCUUAUGCGAUUAACCCGUGCAACAACGCUCCGAUCCCAAUCUGGGUUGCCGAUUACGUCCUGAUGACGUACGGCACGGGUGCCAUCAUGGCUGUCCCCGGACACGAUGAACGCGACCAUGAAUUCGCUUCAGCUUUUGGUAUCUCUAUUGUUGAAGUUAUCAAAGGUGGUGAAAAGCCGAUCGAAGAGGUGCCUUUUGUCGGCGACGGGGUGUGUGUCAACUCAGAUUUCCUCAACGGCUUGCGGGUCGCUGAGGCGAAGGAGAAAAUGAUCGCAUGGCUCGAAUGUGAAGGGAGAGGCACGCGUCAAGUUCAAUACCGUUUACGGGACUGGCUCUUCUCGCGGCAGCGGUAUUGGGGUGAACCUUUCCCGCUUGCACAUCUUGAGGAUGGCACUAUUGUUCAACUGCCGGACGAGGAAUUGCCUGUUGAACUGCCGCCUAUUGAUGCCUAUAAACCGACGGAAGACGGCAAACCGCCACUUGCCCGCGCCGAUGAGGAAUGGCUGAAGGUGAGGCUACCUGACGGCAGAAUCGCUACGCGAGAAACGAACAUUAUGCCGCAGUGGGCAGGUUCUUGUUGGUAUUACCUCCGCUUCUUGGAUGCACACAAUACCGAGGCACCUUUUGAUACCGCACUUGAACAGUAUUGGAUGCCGGUAGACCUCUACAUGGGCGGUGCUGAGCACGCUGUGUUGCACCUGCUCUAUGCACGUUUCUGGCAUAAAGUACUUUACGAUUCUGGAUUGGUAUCCACGCAAGAGCCGUUCCAAGGCUUGGUGAACCAAGGCACAAUCCUCGCGGAAUCUUAUCAAAAGAUGUCGAAAUCUCGUUUUAACGUCAUCAAUCCGGACGAUGUCAUCGACAGAUAUGGCGCGGAUGCAAUUCGCCUCUACCUACUGUUUAUCGGACCCGUCACUGCAAGCACACCGUGGCAAGAUGCCGGUGUAGAGGGGGUCUAUCGGUUCCUUCAACGCGUCUGGAGGCUUGUUAUUGAUGAAGACAGCGGCGAACUCAGCGAGAAGUUGACAGACGCUGCUGGCACAACGGAGUCCGAACUCUGGCGCGAACUCCAUAAGACCAUCAAGCAGGUAACGGAAGACACGGAGUCGAUCGACAAAAUGAAUACAGCAAUCAGCCAGAUGAUGAUCUUCGUUAACACCGCUACACAGACGAAAACGCUACCGAAGGAGACCUUGAAGAUCUUUCUACAUCUGCUCGCGCCCUAUGCCCCGCAUAUUGCGCAGGAGUUGUGGCAUCGUCUCAGUGAAGCGGGAUUUAUCGCACACGAACAGUGGCCCACACACGAUGAGGCAGUACUCACAAGUGCUACCGUAACCAUUAUUGCCCAAGUCAACGGGAAACUUCGCAAUCGGCUCCAACUUCCUGCCGAUGCGACCAACAAAGAGAUCGAGGAAGCCGCACUUGCAGACGAACGGGUUCAGCGGUUCAUUGAAGGAAAACCGAUUCGGAAGGUCAUCGUCGUGCCGAACCGGAAUCUUAUCAAUAUCGUUGUUUAA